GGGCAUUCAGGAAUCACGUGAGCAGUGACUAAGUUAAAUCUUUCCUACUUCUUGAAAGGGAAGUGUCUUAUGAUUAUUUACUGCUCCUUCUUACAUUUUUAAAGUUUUAGAGACAUUGAAGCAUGCUACCGCUUAUGCUCUUUUCUACUCUGUUUUCUCCCAUAUUUACUGAGCCUAAGGAUCACCACUGGAUCUGCAACUCCUCGGACGCAAGUAUUUCGUACACCUACUGUGAUGAUAUGAAAUUCCCUAUUUCAGUUAAUGUUACACCCUGUUUAACAUUUAAAGGAUCAUCUGGAACUCUGAAUAUUUCCUUCAUACCAAGGAGGGAUUUAAGAAAGUUGUACUUCAAUCUGUAUGUAUCUUUCAAAUCCAUGAAUUUGCCAGAACGCAAAGAAGUUAUUUGCAGAGGAUAUGAUGAUGUGUAUUCUUUCUGCCGUGCUCUAAAAGGAGAGACUGUGAAUGCAAAAGUACCAUUCUCCUACAGGGGAAUACUAUUUUCUAAGGGCCGAUACAGUUGUGUUGCAGAAGCCAUCACUGGGGAUGCUGAAGAGCGGCUUUUUUGUUUGAAUUUUACGAUCAUGCACCUCCCUCAUAUUAAUUAGAAUAAAUGGAGCAUAUUUUUUAUUUUUCAAAAAUGUUCUUAUUUAAUGUAACGUAGGGUACCUGGGAUCUACUUUAAUCAGGUAUGGAAAGACGCAGGACACAGGAAUGACUGAGGGAAAGUGUAUUUUUG